AAGAAGGUCAUCUUGACUCUGAAUAAGCAUAGGUUCGUGACAUUGCUAGAUCACACAACCUUUACCUUUUUACUAUUUUUUUGAUUUUGUCCUGCCAUGGCCGCUACUCCUGACGCUCUUCAGCUCCUCACCGCCAUGGAUGCACGCAUCACUGCCAUUGAAAACGACAUUAAGAGUCUCACGACCAUCGAACCGUCUCUUCUGUUCCUACACAACCACUUUGAAUUCUUCCGAAACCUUGUUAAUGGCCUGGAUCCGAGACUAGCUAUGAUUGAGAACGCCGUAACCGUCGGUAUCCCCGCCCAAAUCCACAAGCAAACCGAGAUGGACAAGACCGAGGUGAUUACCCAAGCUAGUAAUUUGAUCCAUGUCGCCAUCCGCGCGGACUUAGAUGAGAUCCGCCGAUCUGUUGAUACUUUCCGCCGCGAUGCUGCAGCUAAUUGGGCCACCAAGGGGGACGUCGAGACCGCGAAGCUGUCCGCCUCCACCGCGGUCCCACAAGCGUCUUCCAGCAAGCCCAAAGUCCCACCGCCCACCGCAUUCUCUGGCAAACGAGAAGAAUGUGCAACAGGUACAACUGUUUAUUCGAGAAUUAUGUCAUGGUCAUAACCAUGCUGCGCCUAGUUUCUAGAGCAUUCCAACACAACUGUGUCUAGUAUAUAAGAGCACUUCAAACGUAGGAUUAGACAGCAAUCAAUCAUCGAAUAAACCUCUGAUUCCACCC